UAGCAUAGUGGGAAAAUGGCGGAGGCAGCAGUGACAAACCUACUGGAUAACGUGCAGAAGCUGCUGGUGGAGCAGAUGCAUCUGAUAUCGGGGGCGGAGAAGGAGCUGAAGCAGCUGCAGAUCGAGCUGGAGCUGAUGAACGCCUUCUUGAUGGAGUAUGCCGACAAGCGGGAGAAGGGUCGGGUCUUCAUACAGUUCGAGAGGCAGAUCAGGGAGGCCGUCUACGAGGCCGAGGACAUCCUCGACGCCUGCCUCACCCAAAAGGCCCAAUCCGGCGCCACCACCAUUCGCAACUUCAUGCAUCUUCAUGACUUGGCCGAGAAGGUGAACGAGCUUAGGCUGCAGCUCCAGCCUAUAUUUGAUCGUGCCAUUAAGGGCUUGAACGCACUCCCCAUCGCCCAUCCAUCUGCUGCAACCCCCGAUGACAAUAAAUUCAAAAAGACACAAUUGUUGAGAGAAGACAAUGUAGUGGGUUUCGCAGACGAGGAAGCCACUCUGAUGAAAUACUUGAAGGAAAAAACAGAGCAGCUCGACGUGAUCUCCAUCGUGGGAAUGCCCGGCCUCGGCAAGACCACUCUCGCCUGGAAAAUCUACCGCGACCCCAAAAUCCAAUUCGAGUUCCCCACCCUGAUUUGGGUGUACGUCUCUCAAGAGCUGAACGUGAGAGAGGUGUUCCUCACCAUCCUCAAGAACUUCACCCGCAACGACAUGUCCGGCAAGGGGGAAUGGGAGCUGACCCAGCUGGUCCGCUCCCAUCUCGACAAGGGAAGAUUCCUGCUCUUCAUGGACGACGUGUGGAGCGUCGAGGACUGGCGACGGAUCGAGGCCGCCCUGCCCAAGAGCAACAAAUUAGGCAAGGUGUUGAUAACGAGCCGUCACGUGGGCGUCGCCACGCAGACGAACAGCAGCAGGAAGCCCCACAAGCUGCGGUUCAUGACCUUCGAGGAGAGCUGGGAGCUCCUGCAGUUAGAGGUGUUUGGUAAGAACAAUCCCAGCCCCAAGGAGCUCGAGGGGCUGGGAAUGCACAUAGCCAGGCAGUUCGGCGGCGUGCCGCUUGCCGUGGUGGUGAUCGGAGGAACCCUAGUAAUUCCACAUGUCACUGAAUUUGUAUCAUUUUGUUGGCAGCGGCCUAAGCUUUUCUGUUGGGAUGUUAAGCAUAUCCACACUCGUAUUGAUAAACAUGUGAAAUGCGACAACAAGAGAGAUUGGGAGAAGAUCUCCGACAGCGUGAGCAUCUACGUGCAGGAUGAUAAGCGCACCGAAAGCAUCAUCUCCCUCAGCUACAACAACCUCCCUCAUCACCUGAGGGAUUGCUUCCUGUACUUCGGGAUGUUUCCCGAGGAUACGGAGAUCAGCGCGUGGAAGCUCACUCGCCUGUGGAUCGCCGAGGGAUUCAUACAGCAGAGGAGGGGGCGGAGCCUUGAGGAGGUCGCCGAGGACAGCCUCGACGACCUCGUGGCCCGGAACUUGGUCAUGGUCGAGAGGGCUAAGGCCAACGGCGACGUCAAGACGUGCCGCGUCCACGACAUGAUCCGGGAGUUCUGCCAGAACGAGGCGUCGUUCGCGAAUAAGAAUCUGUUCCAGGAGGUGAAGAAGAGGCGCCACGGCGUGUUCGACCCGGCCGUCACGGAGAUCGUCAAGCGCCGCCGCCUCUGCAUCCAUUCCCACGUGCCGGAAUUCCUCCGCAGGAAGCCGAGAGGCCCCGGGGUCCGCUCGUUCGUCUGUUUCUCCAAGGAAGCGAUCGCGCUGCUGCCGGAGUAUACCCCGUCGAUCCCCGACGCCUUCCAUUUGCUCCGCGUUGUCGACGCCACUCCGCUCAAGUUCACCAAAUUCCCCCCCAAGCUCACCAAGCUGAUUCAUCUGAGGUACAUCGCUCUCUCGGGGAACGAAUUCAAGGCUCUGCCCGAGGCACUGUCGAAGCUCUGGAACCUACAGACCGUGAAAAUCGACACUGCCUCGCGCGAGCUGGAGUUCAAGGUCGACAUCUCGAAGAUGAUGCAGCUGAGGCAUCUGAAGACGAAAGCAGCAAUCAAGCUCAAGGAGGCGAGGGGCGAGGGCGGGGAGAAUCUCCAGACGCUGAGCAGGCUGAUGGCGGAGUGCUGCAACGAGGAGCUCUUCACACGGGCAUCCAACCUCAAGAACCUCGGGAUCCGAGGGGAUCUCAACGCACUCGUCGACGCCACCUACCUGGGGAAGCUGGAGCGGCUCGAGAAGCUGAAGCUGGUGCACGACGUGUUCCCCUCCACCGCCGACAAGGCGCUGCAUCGCGUGCCGCACUCGCACGGCUUCCCGCCCAAUCUGAGGAUGCUGACGCUCUCCUCCACCUACCUGGAGUGGCAGCACAUGGCGACGCUGGGGAGGCUGCUCAAUCUGCAGGUGCUCAAGCUCAAGGAGAUGGCUUUUAAAGGGAAGUUGUGGCAGGCUAAGGGCGGCGGCUUCCCGCAGCUGGAGACGCUGCACAUCGAGCGCACCGAGCUGGAGAUAUGGACCGCGGCUUCGGCUGAGCCGUUCCCGAAGCUCAAGAAUCUGAUACUCAAGAACUGCGAGAGGCUUCAAGAGAUCCCGUGUGUGGUGGGGAAGGGGGAAAGCCUUCAGCUCGUCGAUAUUGAACGAGUGUCGCACACGCUGCUUCAAUCUGCAAAGAAAAUCGAGGUGGAAAAGCAACAAAUGCAAGGUGGGGAUGUAAGAGGUAGAAGGGCUGGUGGAUUUAAGCUCAAGAUUUCACCAGGGGAUGCAUCAUCAUCAUCAUCAACCACAAACUAAUCCAAUGGCUAGGUUUAUAAAGAAACAAUAUUAUUUGUGGAUAGAUUAAUCUCUUGAGCAUUUGGGAUGGCCAAGCUGUUAUUUUCUAAAUCGAGGUUAUUUAAUAGGGAAAACAAACGCAUCAGUGCCGGUGGCAAAAAGAUGCUGAAAGGAGAACUACUUUGCUUUUCCUUUUGAAAUGUGGAAUCAUAAUUGCUGAAACUGAGGGAGCCAGGAGCAUAAUCAAAUGAGUUUGGAUCAAUAAAAUGCUUUUAGUUUUGCAUAGUGGCCUAUUUAUACUAAAAUGCUGCUCGUGUUCCAUCAUUUUUCUUGAUGCAGUUGCAUAUUUUAGUUGAUUAAUUAUAGCACAUGUUGAUUGUGGUUUUAGGCUUAUGCUCUCUCUCUCAUGAAUUGUGUUGAGGAUAGGAAAUAACGUUGAUAUGGGCACUUAAUUUGUAAGAUUUAGAUUCCAUUCCACAGCUUCACUUGGUGUAGUUCUGUACCAGCUCUUUUAAAUAUGUACUAUUUUCCUUCAAAUCAUCAUCAGAGUCUUCUUGAUC